AUGGAAGGUUUUGUGAACACGGACAAGACGGAGAAGCAGGAAAAGUCUAGUGAGAGUCAGACCUAAGUCCAAGACGGGACAAUGGCAACAUGGGUGAUCUCUCUGCUCUGUGCCUUCGCGGUUCUCUCGCUUUCCUCUGCGUGCUACAUCCAGAACUGCCCCAGAGGUGGGAAGCGCUCGUUCCCAGAUGCUGUCCCCAGGCUGUGUAUGGCGUGUGGUCCUGGAGAUAAGGGACGGUGUUACGGCCCCAAUAUCUGCUGUGGAGAAGGACUGGGCUGCAUGAUCGGAUCUCUGGCGACGGCUCGCUGUUUGCAGGAAGAAUAUCUGCUGUCACCGUGUGAGUCUGGAGGAAAACCGUGUGGACCUGAAGAGGGUCGCUGCGCUGCACCCGGGGUUUGCUGCAACUCAGAGAGCUGUACACUGGAUUCAGACUGCAUGGAGGAAAGCAAAGAAGUUGAUGCGGCUGAAAGAAACAGCUUCCUGGGUGGGUCACCGGGAGAGCUGCUGUUGCACAUCCUCCAUCCCGGCAGGGCACGCAGUCCAUACUAA